AUGAAUUUUUUCAAGACCAAAACGCUCGUGGCCGAUUCGAACAACAUGGUACGAGGUACGGCUUCUGAGGUGGCUGCGUACAUAGAUCGAGAUAUUGCAGCCAUUAAACGCGACAUCAAAAGCCUCGACAAAUCAACCGGAAUUGUAAGCAAAACACUUUAUAAACGUCUUUACCAUGCCUUGGAGAAAGACCAUCGUCUAGAAAUCAAGGGAAUUGACAAGAAAAACCCUGACAAAUUGGUGGCUGUUCUAGAACGGCAUGCUGAGGAAUGGGACCAGUUUCGGGCUAUCUGCAGGAACAACCAUUCUAGCGCAGUGGUUCAGCAACAUUUGCAGCAAAAUCGGAAUUCAAAAAGUUCCGAAAUUGACGAUGCUCCCGAUUCGCUCCUUGAUCCCAUAUCACUCAAUAUUUUCCUAGAUCCGGUGGUUACACCCUGCGGAAUCACGUACGAGAAAAAAAAUCUUCUCCACCAUUUCAUGCAUAACGGACCCUACGACCCUCUCACACGAAAGCGGGUGCUGGAAGACCAACUCUACCCCAAUUUGGUGAUCAAAGAUGCCGUGGCCGAGUAUAUAGAUAAGAGCAUGUCAUGA